GAGUCGGUGCAGCGAAGGGAGGACGCGCCAGAGCGCAGCACCGGGACUCGGACCUGAACGCACGCCGAACACACGUGAACAAUAACUGAGCGGAACAGGUGCGGGAGCAGAAUGGACCUGUAAGGACGACAGAAACAGGACCGGGACCUGAACCCCGAAGAGCUGCGUCUGUUGUGAUUCUAAUCUCCGUGAACCUCCCUCCGACAUGGACCCCAGAAGCGUCUGUCUGCUGAUCAGUGCGCACUUGAUCCUCCACUGCGCCCCAGCCGACUGCUACACGUACAGGAGUCAACGCAAGUUCACAGAAGACAUGGACUGGUCGUACGCAGGGACAUUAAACCAAAACAACUGGGCCAAGAAGUUUCCAUCCUGCAGCAACGCCAAGCAGUCGCCCAUCAACAUCGAGGAGGCCGAGGCUCAGGUGAAGCUGCAGUACCAGAAGCUGAGGUUCGAUGGCUGGGAGAACCUGACUGCCGACAGAACAACCAUGAAGAACGAUGGCAAGACAGUGGCACUGAAUGUGGAUGGAGACUUCUAUGUGAGUGGUGGAGGCCUCGGGUCAAAGUUCAAAGUUGGCCGCAUUACGUUCCAUUGGGGGCGCUGUAACGCCUCAUCCGAGGGAUCUGAGCACAGCCUGGACGGAGUCAAGUACCCGCUGGAGAUGCAGAUCUACUGUUACGAGGCGAAUCGCUUCGACUCUCUGGACGAAAGCAUCAAGUCCGCGGGCAGAAUCACCGCGCUGGCCGUGCUGUUUGAGACGAGUGUUGAAGACAACUUCAACUACGCAGCCAUCAUCGACGGCAUCAACAGCGUGAGAAAAUACGGUAAGAGUGCAGAGGUUUCCCCGUUUGCCCUUCAAGGUCUGCUGCCAAACUCGACGGAGAAAUACUUCAUCUACAACGGUUCCCUAACCACACCGCCGUGCAGCGAGACCGUGGAGUGGAUCGUCUUCAAGAACACGGUGGCCAUUUCUCCAGAGCAGCUGGAGGUGUUCUGCGAGGUGAUGACCAUGGAGCAGGCUGGGUACGUCAUGCUGAUGGACUACCUGCAGAACAACUUUCGAGAGCAGCAGCAGCAGUUCAUGGGUCAAGUCUUCUCUUCCUUCACGGGCACAGAGGAGGUCCAAAUACCAGUGUGCAGUUCGGAGCCAGAGAACCUCCAGAUGGCGCCAUACAACCUCAGCAGCCUGCUGGUGACGUGGGAGCGACCCCGCGCGGUUUACGACGCCAGCAUCGAGAAAUACCGCGUCACUUACAGACUCGCUGACGCAGGAAACGCGCCCUCAACAGAGUACCUGACUGACGGGGAUCAGGAUGUGGGGGCGAUACUGGACGACUUGCUCGCCAACACCAGCUACGUUGUCCAGGUGGUAGCGGUCUGCAGCAACGGUCUGUACGGACGUUUGAGCGACUCACUGGCGGUCACUAUGCCCAUCGAUGACCCGGAUAACUUGGACCCAGAGACAAAUGAAUUUGAUUAUGAGAUCAACAAUGAACCAUGGAACCGACCAGUGCAAAGCGAGGAUCACGACAAGACCUGGAAUCUUCCACUCUCACCCGGAGCCUCUCCGUCACCUGUCACCAGGACCACAAGCGCGGGUCAGAGAAGAACCAGCACGGACUCACCGGCGAGACCUGACCACUUCAACGAAGUGCUGAGCCAACCCGAGUGGACAGACAAGCGCAGUACCACUGUUCUGCCGGUAGAGGUCACCUCCGCACCAAAAAUGAGAGUUGACUCCACAGACGGUGUUCACACCACCACCAGGGCUGAGCGCCCAAGCUCUUCUUCACCAACGCACUCUGAUGUGGGCAGCAACAUUUCAACCACCUCCAAGACAAGUGAAGAUGUCAGAACCACAACGUCCAAGGCCGAUGUCGCCAUCUGGGCACGCGCCACAACCUCAGCGCCUCUCAGCCGUCCGUCUUCAGCCAUCAACAAAACAGACCAGUACAGUGGCCCCUCAACCACUGUUGGCAACACAACCGAAGCCAGACAUGAAGCUCAUCCACGGAACCAGACUCUAAGUCCUACCAAAACAUCACCAUGGGAUGCUGUUCCGGUUCUCACCACAACUCCCAGUUCGCCUUCAUCUCCUAAGACGACUGUUGGAUUUAGUGGUGUUGUUUUGCUGUCCACAAAGCACUUCUCGAAUGGUGAGCGCACCCGUGUCCUCCCCUCUGCCCUCCUGACCUCCUCGUCUCUGUGUGACACGGCGGAGCUUGGUGGCGCCCCCUCCACCUGCCUGCAUGACCCUCCCUCUUCCUCUUGGCCUGUGUUGUCUGCCUCUGCUCCGGACCCCCAGCAUGCUGCUACCGCACUGCUGUCUAGCAAAGACCCAGCUUCUCCUCUAAACCCCACACUCCCUGUCUCCACCCUGCCUCACCCCUCUGACCAUCUGUCUGGUUGGGAUUCUUUCUUCUCCGGCGCCGGGUUUGACGAUGGUAGUGGUAAUGUACUGUCUGGCUCUUCAUCUCCGCUGGUCCCUUCAAGCCACCCCUCGGUUUUUAGCAGCACUCCUCCGCUUCUAACGGUGCUGGAUUCCUCAGAUUCGGCUGACGACCACUCGCAGUCCUUCUGGGAAAAGUCCCUGGAAACAGCCUCCCUGACUCUGAGCCCCACUCUUGAGCCGUCAAUUCAGCUGUCUAGCAACUUCCCCUACGUAGGGGCGACUCCUGGCCUUGCCUUCUCAAGUGGCUUUGAUGACUCAAAGUAUGCAACCGGGAGCUCUAUAGACUCUUUUCUGGCUGAGGUAAGCGGAGAAAGUUUCUCUUCAGUGAGUGACAUUGAAACCAUGUGUGGCUGUUCUAUGGAGCCGUCCUCACCAUGGUUACAUGCCACUCCUCAUGUCCCGCUGCCGUCCUCAGCCUGGGACUCUUCCAGCUCGGAACUACACCUCGGCGUGGACCUUUCUUCCUCUGGUGUUGGGUCUGACAACUCUCCAUCUGUGGUGCGCUCUGACGGUGGCUUCCUAGAACAACCUCUCUUCAGUCGCACCUUCUCGCCUGUGCCAACUUUUCCAAACUCCCAGCACCUACAAGCCACGUUUAGUCACCUGCCCAUUUCUUUUGCAGCCACAGCUUCUGGCACCAGAGAUCCUCCGGUUACAGUGUCACACACUAGCUCUGCUGCUCCAAAUACCCUCUCGUCUUCACCCACCCCCAUCCACUUCCACCCGACACCAGAGGGCUCGGUGUUAGACAGCAGCAGCGGGGCCUCGGGUUCAGCCCUAUUUCCCGACUCUCAAGAGGGCAUGGAUGAAGAGUGGGACCGGGUUCAAUCCUCGGCCUCAGGCGAGGGUGCGCCCCCUCCUACAACACUAGAGACGAAGACUGUUUCGUCCACUCUGUCACAAUCUGGCCAGGGCCCGGAUGAUUUGGAGGAACGGCCGUCAGCCUUCUAUUUUGAAAGCGAGAGUGGUAGCACACCUGACUCAGAAGGAAGUUCAGUAACAGCCGCAGUAGCGUCGGGUUCGCCCUGGCUGCUGGGUGGAGAGGAGGAGAGCGGCUCCGGACAGGGAGAAGGCCUGUACGACAACGAAACCUCCUCAGACUUUACGAUACCAGAGCAAACUGAUAAAGAGUCAGAGGAGGACGAACCAGUCGCAGACGUCAGCAACAGCAGCCAUGAGUCCAGAGUCGGCUCGGUACGUGAUCGAGAGAGGAAGGCCAUCCUGCCUCUCGCCAUCAUCUCCACGCUGACAGUCCUUGGCCUCGUCGUCCUCAUUGGCAUCCUGGUCUACUGGAGGACCUGCUUCCAGACGGCUCACUUCUAUAUCGAUGACAGCUCUUCUCCUCGAGUAAUCGCUCAGACCAACGCUGCUCUGACAGCAGAUGAGCAGACAACUUUCACAGCGAAAGAUUUCAUCAAACACGUUGCGGAACUUCAUAGCACCCAAGGUUUCCAAAGAGAGUUCGAGAUACUGAAGCAGAGUUAUGAGGAACUGCAGGUGUGCGCCGUGGACAUAGUGAUGACCAGCGACACCUCCAGUCACCCUGACAACAGGAACAAGAACAGAUACAGCAACAUUCUGGCCUACGACCACAGCCGAGUGAAGCUCUUGCCUCAGACAGGCAAAGAUGGGAGGAUGCAAGAUUACAUCAAUGCAAACUACGUGGACGGUUUCAAGGCUCCACGGUCGUACAUCGCGGCUCAGGGCCCUCUGAAGUCCAGCACCGAGGAUUUCUGGAGGAUGAUUUGGGAGCAGAAUGUCGGCGUAAUUGUGAUGAUCACGAAUCUGCUGGAGAAAGGACGAAAAAAGUGUGACCAGUACUGGCCCUCAGAGGUUCAGGAGGAGUACGGGGGUCUCCUGGUGACGUUGAAGCACAGCAAGGAGAUGGCCUACUACACUCAGAGAACCUUUAACAUCAGGAACAUCCAGAACAAAAAGGGGUCUUUGAAAGGGAAAAAGAAUGAGCGCACAGUCUCCCAGUUCCAUUACACUCAGUGGCCCGACAUGGGGGUACCGGACUUGGCCCUGCCGCUGCUCAGCUUCGUCCGCAGGUCGUCCAGAGCCAGAAGCGCUGACAUGGGCCCAGUGGUUGUGCACUGCAGUGCUGGUGUGGGUCGCACUGGGACGUACAUUGUUCUGGACAGCAUGCUGAAGCAGGUUAAAGAAGAAGGGGUGGUGAACAUCACCAGUUUCCUGAAACACAUCAGGACGCAGAGGAACUAUCUGGUCCAGACAGAGGAACAGUACGUCUUCAUCCAUGACGCCUUGGUGGAGGCCAUCUUGUCUGGGGAGACCGAGGUAGAAGCCCCUCAACUGCACCGGUACAUCGAUGAGCUGCUGACUCCAGGACCGGCUGGAAGGACACGUCUGGAGAAACAGUUUAAGCUUGUGUGUCACUCCGACUUGAAGCAGACGGAAUAUUCCACAGCUCUCCAGGAAAGCAAUCGGAGCAAGAACAGAAGCGGCUCCAUCAUUCCCAUUGAGAGGGCUCGAGUUCGUCUGUGCACAUCUGCCGGAGAAACCUCGGACUACAUUAAUGCUUCUUAUCUGGUGGGUUACAGACAAAGCAAAGAGUUCAUCAUCACUCAGCAGCCUUUUCCCGACACCAUGAAGGACUUCUGGAGGAUGAUUUGGGACCACAACACUCAGGUCAUUGUGUCGCUGCCCGGAACUGCAGCCAGUGAGGAAGAAAAAGGCGAGAACAAUCUGUGGCCCUCCAAAGGGCAGCCAGUGAGCUACGAGAUGUUUUCUGUCUCCCUGAAAGAAGAGAACCACGUCUGCCUGGCUAACGAGGACAUGCUGGUGGUGCAGGACUUUGUUCUGGAAGCUAAACAGGACGACUUUGUUCUGGAAGUCAAGCGCUAUCGAACUCCUCGCUGGCCGAACCCCGACAGUCCCAUGAGCAACACGUUUGAGCUCCUCCACCUGAUGAAAGAGGGGGUUGCCAGUAAGGAAGGGCCCACAGUCGUCCAUGACGAUGUCGGGGGCGUCACAGCUGGAACAUUCUGCGCUCUGAUGUCGCUCAUGUGCCAACUUCAGGCUGAAGGUCUAGUGGACGUCUUCCAAGUGGCCAGACUGACCAAUCUCAUGAGGCCGGGAGUCUUCGGUGACAUUGAGCAGUUCAAGUUCUUGUACCAAGCCAUGCUGAGUCUCAUCAGAACCCAGGAAGACGAGAAAACGCUCCAGCUGUCAGGCAACAACGGCAUCAUCGUGGUGGGAGCGGCCAGCUCCGCCGAGAGCCUCGAGUCGCUGGUGUAAACACCCCAAAAAAAACAAACAAAAAAAACCACAAAGAACUUUAACAACUUUUUCAUGGCCUUUUUUCAUUUCCUCUCCCUGAGAGAACUUGUGAGGGCAGCAGCUCAGUAAAACCCUUGCGUUGCAGUUCUGAGGCCGCACUCUUUGCUGCAGUUUUUGUAACGUGUGCCUUUUUAUCUUUCUAAAUAUAUUUGAUCUUGUACAUCUAACGUUGAUGUAAGCUGUGUACUCACGUAAUGCUCUGACCCAAGACAUUUCAUUUGACUAACCACUGUUUUUCCAAAACCUUUGUAUUUAUUGGCACCGAGCCAAAUGGGAAAAGGGAUUUUUUUUUUUUUUUUUGCUUUUUACAUACAAUUGUUUUUUAAAAAUCUUUUAUACAACUUGUGCACUGAGCUCCACUCUGUAAAUACCAUGACUGGGAAAGUGGCACAUUUGCUGUUGAAGUCAAUAUAAAAGGGCCUGGAGUAAUACCAAUUAUAAUCUAAUGUACAUAAUAUUAUAGUAAUCACCUUGAUGGACCAAAUUUCUAUUUAUACUACUUAGAUUUAUAUAUGACAUUUUCUAGUGCAUUAAAAUGUUGUGGUUUCAUUGGGUAGUUGAAAAACAUUAAUGCUUUUAUAUGCUGGUUUUGUAACAGACUUAAGGUGAUAUGCAUGGAGUACUGACAUGUGUGUUAUAGCUGCACCGGAAACACUGCUGGAGUCGUAGGUAGGCGAAUAAAUGUCAAG